AUGGCCUCAACAGGUAUUCCCCUUGUCCCCCAGGCAAAAAAUGUCGUGGUCUUUAAGAAUGGAGACCCUUUCUUUACUGGAAGGAAGCUUGUCAUCAACCAGAGGCAGAUUCUAACGUUUGAGACCUUUUUAAAUGAGGUAACAAAUAACAUCAGUGCUCCAGUGGCUGUGAGGAACAUCUACACACCAAGUGGGGGACACCGCGUCCUUGCGUUAAAUCAACUACAGAAUGGCUGCUAUUAUGUGGCUGCAGGAUUUGAAAAGUUUAAAAAAAUAGAUUACUUACAACAAAGGAGUCAAAAACCGAAUGGAACCAGAAGGAAAAACGAGGUGGUGACAAGAGCUGUUUACCCAAACAGAAGAGACGUCUCGGCCCGUUGGAGGAAGUACAUGCAGAUGCCUUGCAUAGUGAAUAUUUUUAGGAAUGGGGACUUGCUGAGCCCACCAUUUCGGUUAAUUAUUCCCAAGCACGUGAUGCCGGACUGGGAGAAAAUUCUCGCCAUGAUAACGGAGAAAGCAAAUAUCCGCACUGGAGCUGUCCGUCGGCUUUGUACGACAGAGGGUCAGGUGAUGAAGAAUGGAGCUCAGCUGGAGAGUGGACAAUAUUACGUGGCUGUUGGGUCGGAAAAGUUCAAAAAUCUGCCUUACCUUGAACUCUUAGUUUCCAAAUCGUCCCUUCAAAAUGCUCUCAGACAUCAAGAAAUGAUGAGAUGCAAGAACCGUGGCAAAGAGUCGGACAAGCGGAGGGUUCAGUCCACGGGCGACGCCGCAGAAGCUGGGGUGCUCAUGGCUGCACAGACUGUGAGGAGUAAAGGGAAGAGCUCCCGCCAGGACAGGAGCUCUGUGUUCUUCGCAAAGCCGGUUCAAGUGAAGUUGAACCGGAACGUCGUUUGGGAGUCGCAGGCAGGAACCGGCAACAGAGGGGGCAAAAGUGUUUUCAAAGUGACUGAGAAGCGAUCUGAGCUGCAAGGAGCUCAGGAAAUACCUGAUGAUGAAGACACUAGAGUGGAGCUCCCGAUCGAUAAGAUGGUGGCUGAAGUUAUUGAAGAUGAAAUCAUUACUGAAAGUGCAGCGUAUCACGUUGACCAGGUUGCCUUCGUUGCCUGGAAAUCUGUUGCCAUCUAG